UACACUUCUAUUGGUCCAUUUUAAAGCUAGGACUACAGUACACAGGCGGCAGGCAGAGGUGGCGGUAAUGUACCAUAACGUUGAUGCUAACUCUCGAUAAACCCCACAGAAGAAGAGGCAGAGAUGACAACGCCGGUAGCUAACUAGCUAGGACAACGGUAAUGUGAUUCCAUACAUCAAAACUGGUUAGAUGGAGUUUGCCUUCUCCCUUUCUCUCCCUGAAGUCUAGAACUGGAAAGCUGCAAAAAUGAGUCAUGUGGCUCGUGAUGUUUCUUUGUGCACUACUAGCUCACCAAUUAUGGUAUCACAUUAUACUUGUCACGGCUUUCCUCCUCUUCUGAGGAGGAGUAGCAAGGAUCGGACCACUACGCAGCGUGAUCUUCAACAGCAAGCUCCUCUGGCACCCAUGUCAGCUGAGCGUGUCAAUAAUGCCACACAAUGGCUGCCUUAAUAUUCAGAUCAUUGAAGCCAGAGGACUCCUUGGGAAUGAAAAUAGGAAAUGUGAUUUUUAUGUCAAGCUAGCGAUUAUCCCAGACCUCAAUCACAGUACACAUCGGAAGACCGAAACUGUAUUAGACUGCAAAAAUCCUCUCUUCCUUGAGACCUUUUUGCUGGCUAUUAGUGUGGAGGAUUAUCAGAAGAGACUGCUGGUCACUGUGUGGAAUCGCAACCCAUCCUCCAGGAGGAGUGAGUUCCUGGGCUGCAUGAGUUUUGGAACACACUCACUCAUAACUUCAUCAAAGGUGAUCAGUGGCUGGUAUUAUCUCCUGGGCGAAGAGCUGGGGAGAAGCAAGCAUCUGAAAGUGGCUUCGAGACACCUCACAGGCAGGCAGGACUCUGCUGGUGAAUUGAGACGGGCGCAUCUGGCUUCUAAGCCACGGGAAGCUGCCUUGUCCAACCAUGGUGCUCCAGCCUCUGGGACGGUGCUGCCUUCAAGCCCAGAGAAUAUGCUAUGCUUAACAGUGACUAUCCUUCGGGGUAAAGAUGGCUUCGGCUUCACCAUCUGCUCGGACUCACCUGUGCGUGUUCAGGCUGUCGAUCCAGGGAGUCCAGCGCACCAGGCUGGCUUACAGCAGAUGGACACUGUGCUGCAGCUCAAUGGCCAACCAGUGGAGCAAUGGAAGUGUGUCGACCUUGCUCACGCAUUCAGAAACUGCCACAAUGAGAUCACUGUAGUGGUAUGGAGGACCCUACCUAUUAUGAAGCCGUAUUUUGAGGGCCUGAUCCACAGACCGUCUUAUAAGGCCUCUGCCUAUGACACUGUGGUGUCCCCGGCGGGGAAGAAACGAGACAAGACCCCGCCUUUGCUGACCCACCCCAACCAUGGCAGACGGAGUGGACGUAAGCAAGGGCUGGUGUCAGAGGGCGGCCAUGGAUCCUUGUGGAGGGACAAGCGAGAAGACAAGGGAGAGUACUACAAGGGACAGGAGCCAGACUACGGGACUACUAAGAUCAGGACUCGGACCCUCAAAGGCACCCGGGUGACCUCAUCAAAUGGUGACAACUACAUUAUCCUCUCCCCUGUGGACCCGGGAAGCCAGAUCUUGCAUCCCGUUUAUCAAGACCGGAAUGGUACACUUGGUAAGAUUUAUCAAAGUCACCCAGGCGGUGGACUUCAGAAGGGCAAUGGCUUUCUACAGGACACUGCUAGCGGGCUACAGGCCACAGGCUUAUCUUCUCAACGCUCCAUCAUCGGUAAGACGGCUACCAUGCUGCCCCCAUCUGGCUACCAACCCAGCUAUGGCAAUUACCAGAACUGCACCAUUGUCCAGUCUCAUCUGCCCUACUCCAAUUACGGAACCUACGUCACGCUGGCGCCCAAAACCCUCAUCUUCCCCGUCUUUGUUCAGCCCCUGGAACUGUGUAGCGAGCGAACACUUCUUCUCUCAGAGGAGAUGAUCCUGCAUGAGAGCCAGUGCAUGUCUAUCAAGGUGACAUUGCUCAUCUACACAGACCUGAUGCUGCUGACUAGGGAGGAUGAGGCAGGCCACUGUAAUGUGCUGCAGAGCCCCCUGUACCUCCACCAGCUCUGCCUGCGGGAUGUUCCUGCUGAUGUUUUGAGGUUGUACAUCAUCCACUGGACAGAGAGAAGUGAGUGCCUGUUCAGUCUGGAGGCGUACACGGUGGAGCAGAAGAGGCGGGUACAUCUAUGCCUGCGGGAGAACAUUGACAAGCAUCUGGAGCAGAGGGAUACACUUGUAUAUGAUCAGAUGUUGGAACCAAUGGCCGAUGUCCAUUGUGAGCUCGGUAUCCUAAAUCUGGGCCGUCAAGCCACCGAAGAGCCCUCCUCGCAUGGCCCUUCCUCCGAACCCUACAGCAUGAGCAGCCCGCCAGCCAAUAUCCCGAACCUCAUCCCCCUGGUGGUGCGCAGCACAGAGGACCUCGGACAGAAGUUGCCCCUCACGCCCCCCCCGUGUACCAUAGAUAAAACCUGCAACAGUAUGAGCCUUGAGAGAACGGGCAUCUGGAAGGAAAGGGAGAAGGUGGAGGGAGACGAGGAGAGGCAGCAGGGUGAGGGAGAGAGCGCCACUGAGACGUCAGAGACAGCGUGUAUGGGUGCCAUACCUCUGUCCCCCUCUCCGUCGUCCUCGCUCACAGUCCCAGACGCGCGCUUCCUCGAUCGCUCCUUCAACACAGAACCCAUGGAAGAAGAAGAAGAAGAAGAAGAAGAGGAGGAUGAGGAGGACUGUGACAAAGACGGCCUGGAACGUCGGAGCAUCGGGGAAUGCUCUCCCUUUAGGAAGCGGGGUGAGGGCGUGAGCGGUGGUGACGAGCCUAGGGUCCUCCACAGACGCACGCUUAGCGAGGGCAGUCUGCUGCAGGAGCUGCGCUCGUCACGUUUCAUCUCCGACAGCACCAUCCACCGCCUGGACAGAGGCCACGCUCCCCCACCGGGCGGCUGGAUGCGGCCCUCCCCCAAGACCCUGAAGAAGGAGUUGACAAGGAACGGAGGCUCGGUGCACCAGCUCUACAUGCUCCUCUCAGGGAGGAAGGUAUGCAGUGAAUCUGACUGUAACUGUGAGUUUAAACAUGGCUGCACGAAAAAGAAGAAAUCCAUGAACCUGGCCAAAGACAUGAAAAAUCGCUUGACUUUCUUGAGGAAGAACGAUUUCCAUGGCAGCAACCCAACAAACGGGCUGGAGAAAGUCCUGAAGUCAGUCAAGCCCUCGCCAGAGGAGGCCCUGAAGUGGGGGGAAUGCUUUGAUACACUGCUGGCUCACAAAUAUGGAGUGGCAGUCUUCCAAAGGUUCCUGCAGACAGAGUUCAGUGAGGAGAACUUGGACUUCUGGUUGGCCUGUGAGAAGUACAGGAAAAUCAAAUCCCAGUUCAAAAUGGCCUCCCGAGCAAAACAAAUAUUCUCAGAAUACAUGUCCAUACAGUCCUGUAAAGAGGUGAAUCUGGACUCCUACACCCGAGAGGUCACGAAGGAGAACUUGCAGAGCACCUCGGCAUUGACCUUUGACCUGGCCCAGAACAGGAUCUAUGGCCUCAUGGAGAAGGACCCGUACCCUCGCUUCCUGCGCUCGGACCUCUACAGGGACUUGACCAACCAAAAGAGGUUCAACGCCAUGGUGCCAGAUCUGCCCUGAGUUGGAAGAGAGAUCGAGGACAUUGGAUGACUUGGAGCCCUGGUUUGUGUUCAUUAGAGGGAUGGACAUUGGAGAGCUGUGCCCAGGUGACAUUCACAUUGUCUAAAUUGGUUUAGAUUAUGGUUUGGUACUAUUUUUUUUUGUCAGUGUUCUAUACUUACCUCAUCUGAUUCUCCAUGGGCAUUUUCCCAACCUGGUUCUGUGGUCAUUGGUUUCUGACGAGUUAAUUUAAAAAAUGUUUUGAACAAAUACAGCUUCCAUAUCCUCAUGGGCCUUCCUGUUUGUGGCAUAGCCCAAACCUUCACUGCCUUCUAUUUCUGUGUGUAACACAGGCAGAUUUCUGACACUAUUCCAAAGACUAGAAGAUGCUAUACACUAUAUCUAGGUGUUCAACAUAGCCAAGAGGCCUUCCAGUGUAUUCAAACCAUUGUGCAAUCAACAAACAUGGUGCAAUGAAAUCUCUCCCCCCCCAACAUUAUACAAGCAAUCCUAUAUGAUCUUUUAAUAUUUCAGCAUUGGAAGCUCUGCAAUACAAGGUGGUUGCCACUGCUUACAGAAAACCUUCACCAUCAGCAUCCAGAUUCUAAGUGCAAUAUGAAUGUUUUAUGUACAGUGCCUUCAGAAACUAUUCACACAACCUUUCCUCAUUUGAGAUUAAAAUGUAUUUCAUUGUAAUUUUUUUAUCAACGAUUUACACAAUACUCAAACAUAUGUACAAAAAUAUAUAUAGAUAUAAAAGGAAAAUUAAACACUAAUAUAUCUUGAUUAGAUAAGUAUUCAACUGCCUGAGUCAAUACCUGUUAGAAUCACCCAUGGAAGCGAUUACAGCUGUGAGCCUUUCUGGGUAAGUCUCUAAGAGCUUUCUUCACCUAGAUUGUGGAACAUUUGCCAUUCUUUACAAAAGUAGUCAAGCUCUAUCAAAUUGUUUAUUGAUCAUUGCUAGACAACAGAUUUAAGUAGAUUUUAAGUCAAAACUGUAACUCAGCCACUCAGGAACUUUCACAAUCUUCUUGGUAAGCAACUCCAGUGUAGAUUUUGCCUUGUGUUUUUGGUUAUUGUCCUGCUGAAAGGUGAAUUCGUCCAGUGUUUGAUGGAAAGCAGACUGAACCAGGUUUUCCUCUGAAAUUAUGCCUGUGUUUAGCGCAAACUCUCCAGUCCUUAACGAUUACAAGCAUACCCAUAACAUGAAACUAAGUUUUUCUUUUCACAAUUCCUGACAUUUAAUCCUAGUAAAAAUUCCCUGUCUAAGAUCAGUUAGGAUCACCACUGUAUUUUAAGAAUGUGAAAUGUCAGAAUAAUAGUAGAGUGAUUUAUUUCAGCUUUUAUUUAUUUCAUCACAUUCCCAGUGGGUCAGAAGUUUACGUACACUCAAUUAGUAUUUGGCAGCAUUGCCUUUAAAUUGUUUAACUUGGGUCAAACAUUUUGGGUAGCCUUCCACAAGCUUCCCACAAUAAGUUGAGUGAAUUUUGGCCCAUUCUUCCUGACAGAGCUGGUGUAACGGAGUCAGGUUUGUCAGCCUCCUUGCUCGCACAUGAAUUUCAGUUCUGCCCACACAUUUUCUAUAGGAUUGAGGUCAGGGCUUUGUGAUAGCCACUCCAAUACCUUAACUUUGUUGUCCUUAAGCCAUUUUGCCACAACUUUGGAAGUAUGCUUGGGGUCAUUGUCCAUUUGGAAGACCCAUUUGCCACCAAGCUUUGAGAUGUUGCUUCAAUAUAUCCACAAUUUCCCUUCCAUAUGAUGCCAUCUAUUUUGUGAAGUGCACCAGGCCCUCCUGCAGCAAAGCACCUCCACCCCCGUGCUUCACGGUUGGGAUGGUGUUCUUCAGCUUGCAAGCGUCCCCCUUUUUCAUCCAACCAUAACAAUGGUCAUCAUGGCCAAACAGUUCUAUUUUUGUUUCAUCAGACCAAAGGACAUUUCUCCAAAAAGUACAUCCUUUGUCCCCAUGUGCAGUUGCAAACCGUAGUCUGGCUUUUUUUAAUGGAGGUUUUGGAGCAGUGGCAUCUUCCUUGCUGAGCGGCCUUUCAGGUUAUGUUGAUAUAGGACUCGUUUUACUGUGGAUAUAGAUACAUUUGUACCCGUUUCCUCCUUUUAAGUCAUUGUGAAAUCCCUGAAUGGUUUCCUUCCUCUCUAGCAAGUUAGGAAGGACUUCUAUCUUUGUAGUGACUGGGUGUAUUAAUACACCAUCUAAAGUGUAACUAAUAACUUCACCAUGGUCAAAGGGAUAUUCAAUUUCUUAUUUUUUUUGCUUGCUCGACUGAGGGACCUUACAAUUAUCUGUAUGUGUUGUGUAAACAGAUGAGGUAAUCAUGUUAAACGCUAUUAUUGUCUAAUAAAAUGCAUUUGCUGGCACACACCCAGAGAAAAUGAUUUUAAUGUAGAGGUGCUGACUAAUGGUGAAUAAACUGUUUUUAAACGCUAUUAUUGCACAGAGUCCAUGCAACUUAUGUGACUUGUUAAUCAAACUUUUACUCAUUAAUUUAUUUGGGAGUCGAACACUUGACUCCAGACAUUAUGGGCUAUUAUGUGUAGGCUAGUAACGAAAAGUAUCUAUUUUAAAUUCAGGCUAUAUAUAACGCAACAGAAUGUGGAAAGAGUCAAGGGGUGUGAAUACUUUCUGAAGGUACUGUAUAAAGGAGAAAUAGUAUAUUACCCUGUACGUUUUUGUAUUAUAGUAUCUUAUAUACUAGUAAUUGGUUUAGGGAGGCUCAUAUACUACAUAAUUUGUCAUCAAUAAUUAAGCUCAUGACAUCCACAGCACAUAUCUGACUUUUAGAGACCCCUAAGGAGAAACAUUUAUCCUCAAGGAGAAAAAACAAACACGUUAACCAAACAAAUGGGUCAUAUGAAAAAGAGACUGAAGUUAUAGAAUUUGUUAUAGGUUUGUUACUUAUGCUGCAAAUGUAUAAAGAUGCUUUGCUUAAUAAGAGUGCAUUUUGGUUUAUUCACUAUGUACAAUCUAACAUAUGGAGCAUUUUAAUUUGCCUAUAGUUAAUUGAUAUAUAUUUAUAUAUAUAUAUCUAUAUCCACAGUAAAACAGUCAAUUACAAAACUACAUUUAAGAAAAGUACAACAUGUAUAAAGAUAACUUUUCAGCAUUGCCUGCGCCAUAGCAUUCUCAUUACUUAGAUUUAAUAUUGUAGGUCUUCCCUCAUGCCCCUUUUCAUGACGAAGCUUGCAGCCAUUCGAGCGAGCGUGUGUGCAAGGUAGCUACCGACCGGAACAUUAAGCUAGCCAAGACCAACAACACAAACAAACUGACUAUACAGAUACAAGUAGUGGGUGGAGUUACAAACUGACUGUACUAAACACUCUCUUACGCUGAAUAGCCUGAAGCCACAGGGCUCUUCUCGCAGGCUCCAUUUUCCUACGUGGGAGCAUUGCAAAAUCAACGACGGAUUUGGCUCUUGUACAAUGGAAAUAUUUGUUUUCCCCAAUUUGUGAGCGUGGUCGAGGGGAAUUCCUUAUUAUUACGUGACUAUUGACUCGAACUAUAGGACAGACAUUUCAAAAACAUGUUAUUUUUAUUUUGGGGCUGUUUUGCCAUUUAUGAAUCUUAUCAAUGUGUUUCUAUGGGCUAUAACAGUAAAAUACAAAUUCAUUAUUUUAUACCUACAGGGGUCAUAAAAAGCUAUUUAGCUAAAUGAUCCAUGGUAUGACUAUCUUAAAACAUGUUAGCUUAGUAGAUAACGCGAACCAAGGGCUUAGAUCAGACGUUCAAAUAAAAUGACUGAUAAGAGCAGGGACUGUAGAUUCUGAACUUGUAUCAUUUUAAUUGUCAGUUCCUAUUCAAUGGAUGCAGAGAUAUACUGAUCGUUUUACUGUUUCUUAAUGUAUUGUUAACAUUUACCACAAUGUUACUUUUGUUCUCCACCAUUAGGCAAAAUAAAGUACUCUGUGAAAUGGCUGUUGCUUUAGACAAAAAAUACAAUAAAAAUGUCAGUCUAAUCUUGUCAUGUCAGACUAGUCUUGUUUUUAUCAAUACCCAAAUACAAUAAAAUCAAGUAUUAACAUG